UACCCCUGGCAGCGCGGAUAGUUCAAAACGUUUAAAAAGAAUUCUUAUACAAUUCUGUGAUUAUUAUUAUUAUCUUGCUAAGGUGGAGUUUAAAAAAAAAAUAUGGGAACCGAAAGGAGAUAUAGACAUCUUCCAGAAGUAGUUAGCUAGCAAUCAAGAAAGGACUUCUGCUUAAAAACUGCAAUUAAUAAAAAAGGUUUUCUGUUUGAGCAGGAGUGAUCAACAUUACAGAACUGAUGGAGGGACAAGCUGGGGCCGCUGGGUGUGGGGAAGGCUUCCAUUCCUGGAUGGCCCUCAAUGAUAACAAGGCCGGUAUGGAGGGUCUGGACAGGGACAAAAUCAACAAGAUCAUCAUGGAGACUUCUAAGGGAUCCAAGUUCUAUGAGAAUGAGCUGAAGAAGGAGCAGCAGGUGGACCAGCGCAUUGAGAGGAUGCUGCAGCAGAAGGCUCAGAUCAGUGAGCAGCAGCUCCGGAAGGCCCAAGCACAGGUGGAGAAGAUGGCCGCUGACCUGGAGAGGGGCCGGGAUUUGGGGCGGGUCAUCGUGCACGUGGACAUGGACGCCUUCUACGCGGCGGUGGAGAUGCGGGACUGCCCUGAGCUGAAGGACAAGCCCAUGGCCGUGGGGUCCAAGGGCAUGCUGUCGACCUCCAACUACCACGCCCGGAGGUUCGGUGUCCGGGCGGCGAUGCCCGGCUUCAUCGCCAAGAAGCUCUGCCCCAGCCUCGUCAUCGUUCAGCACAACUUUGAGAAGUACCGGGCAGUGAGCGCUGAGGUGCGGGAGGUUUUCGCCGACUACGACCCCCACUUCCUGCCCGUGAGCCUGGACGAGGCCUACCUGGACAUCACGGAGCACCUGAGGCAGAGGCAGGGCUGGCCCGAGUCCCUGAGGACACAUCCUGUCCGCACGGAGGACGCCGCCGCUGCCGCCGCCGAUGGCGAGGGGGCGCAGCCGGAGUCCCAGGGCGAUUCGGACGCUGACAGCCUGUCCCCGGUCCUGUUUGAGGACAGCCCCACGUCGCCCCCCGACCCCCCCCCUCGGGGCGCGGUUGUUUUCGGGACUGACGCCGAGGAGGCGGUGCGGGAGAUGCGCUUCCGCAUAGAGCAGAGGACCACCCUGACCGCCAGCGCAGGCAUUGCCCCAAACAUGAUGCUGGCCAAGGUGUGCAGUGACAAGAACAAGCCCAACGGGCAGUACCGAAUCCCAGCAGAGCGGCAGGCGGUGAUGGACUUCAUCCAGGACCUCCCCAUCCGCAAGGUGUCAGGCAUAGGGAAGGUAACCGAGAGGAUGCUGAGAGCUCUGGAGAUCACGACCUGUUCCGAGCUGCGCCAGAAGGUGGCGCUCCUCUCCCUGCUUUUCUCUGAGGUCUCCUGGCAUCAUUUCCUGCAGAUCUCUCUGGGACUGGGCUCCACACACAUCGAAAGGGAUAAUGAAAGGAAGAGCAUGAGCACGGAAAGAACGUUUGGAGAGAUGAGCAGCGCUGAGGAGCAGUAUGAUCUGUGUAGAGAGCUCUGUCGGGACCUGGCCCAGGACCUGCAGAAGGAGGACCUGAAGGGCAAGACGGUAACGGUGAAGUUGAAGAACGUCAACUUUGAGGUGAAGACCCGAGCUUUGACCCUGUCGUCGGUGGUGUCCAGCGAGGAGGAGAUCUUCGCCGUGGCUAAAGAUCUCCUGAAAACCGAGAUCGACAACGCCAGCCCCCACCCGCUGAGGCUGAGGCUCAUGGGGGUUCGAGUGUCUGGAUUUGUGAGCUGCGAGGACAGGAAGUCUCUCCAGAAGAGCAUCAUCGGCUUCCUGCAGUCCGGCAGGUCUGCUGGAGAUCCCCCGAAUCCCCCUAAAGGAGCCCCGGACGAGCAGGGGGUCCCGCCCAACCCCCUGCACGGGGGGGCCUCGAAACAGGCGGGCGCCCCUCCCACCGUGACCCAGGAGUCCAAAGCCAGCCCUGUGAAAUGGGGUGAGCUUCCCAGAAUCCCCGGCCGACCCGCGGAGGAGGGGCAGCAGUCCUUUUUCCAAAGGGCUCAGGCCCUGAGGCUCCGGCGGGAGGCGGGGCGGGGCGACCCCAGGGACCCGGGCGACUCCGCCUCCUCCUCCUCCUCCUCCCUCCAGCCCUCCGCUCCCGCUGGACCCGGGGAGCUGUUCACCUGCCCCGUGUGCUUCCGGGAGCAGGAGGGCACCGACCUGCGCAGCUUCAACAGGCACGUGGACGAGUGCCUCAGCGCCGGGUACGCCCCACGCCACGGGACGGGCGCAGACGGAGGUCCGGGGGCAGGAGCAGGCGGGACGGGGGCAGGAGCAGGGAGGAUGGGGGCAGGAGCAGGGCGUACAGGGACAGGGGCGGGAGCACGCGUAGGAGGUGAGGAACGCUUCUUGCAGGACGAGCAGAUGCACUCUGACGCACCCGCUGCUGUGUAUGAAACGGGCUGGGGGGCGGGUAGCAGGGCCUGUCAGAAGGCCUCAGAGAAGAGCAGGGCCAGCCCUGCACCUGCUAGCGACACGCUGCCCAGGACAUCUGGCACAUACGCCCUGAACGGCUUGGGUCCGAAGCCUGUGGAGUCCUGCAGAACCGGCAGGCCCAGUCACUUCCUGUUCAGUGGAGAGGAAGAGUCAAACAUGGACGCCGGCUGUUCUGAAGAGUCGCUCGGCGACCGUCUCGCCGGCAGGCUAAGCGAGGCUUCUGGGAGGGCGGGGGGGUCUGGGGGGUCCGGGGGCCCCCCCCUGACCUGUCCCGUGUGCAACAAGAAGCAGGACACCCGCGACCUCGCCCUCUUCAACCGGCACGUGGACGUCUGCCUCAACCAGGACGUCCUGCAGGAGCUCGGGGAGGGGCCUCUCUCGCACAGCGCCAACGUCACGGCAACCGCCUGGGGCAAAGGAAAACCUGAAAACGGACACAGCCCUACGAAGCCGAGCGGUAAAAACAAACGGCAUGGGUCUCCUCAUCUUCCUGCUCCUAAGAAAGCCAAAGUGCUGGUUCCUGGAAACACCAUCGACAGGUUCUUCAGGUGACCCACAGGGGAGCAGCCUGGAGCUCAUCAUGAGAAACAAGAGCCUGCACUCAUACGCCCUGUUAGCUGUUAGCUUUCACUGCUGAACAGGAAUCUGCACUCACUUUCCCUGUUAGCUGUUAGCUUUCACUGCUGAACAGGAAUCUGCACUCACUUUCCCUGUUAGCUUUCACUGAUGGAGGAAUAGCUUAACUUCCUGAGUAUGAAGGCUUUAGAGUAUUAGUGGGCUUAAAUCCACAUAUUGACAUGAGCUCUCGUGCUCUGAGCUGAGGGAAAUCAUUUUCUUUUAACAUAGCACAGUAUACGGACAUAUAUGCGCCUACAUAUUAAUCACAGGUAAAAAGAAAGUCAAUGACAAGAAGUGCAUCAAAUCAUAAAUAACAUAAAUAAUGCCUUGCAGACUCAUUGCCAGGCAUAUUUUCUCAAAAACUAUUUGGUUUAAAUUUUUUGUAAUAUUACACUGACCCUGAUCUGAUUUACCAAAUCAAAACCGUUUUACAGUGACUGACCAGCAGUACCAGCCAGUGAGCACAAGCAUAGUGAAGGUAAAGCACAGUAUUACAAUAACGAUGGCUGUGUGAAAAAUUGGCAGUGACUGUGAUGUCUUUGUAUCCAUCGUAGUUGGCCGCAGGCACAGUGCACCGCUCAUUAAUAUUAGGCAUGUGCUCUAGCAGCGGGUUGCUUUCUUAAAGACAGAGCGCCAGUUGAAACAAUCCGGCUUAAUGCGUAUCUGAGAGACUAGCGGUCCCUGGGGUGUUCUCAGUGCUAAAGCACGAAGCCCUCGCCAUUCAUCACUGUGUAGGGGGCCUCCAGGGCUAACUGAACAUUCCUCCCUGUCAGUAGGAGGCUUCCUCAUUGGCCGAACCUUGUGUGUACCCCAUCAGUAGGAGGCUUCCUCAUUGGCUGAACCUCAUGUGCUUCUGUCAGCAGGAGGGUCCCUAAUUGGCUGAGCCUCGUGUGCACCCUGUGGGUGGGAGGUUUUCUCAUUGGCUGACCCUUGUGUGCUUCUGUCAGUAGGAGGCUCCCUCAUUGGCUGAGUCUUGUGUGCACCCUGUGGGUGGAAGGCUUUCUCAUUGGCUGAGCCUUGUGUGCUUCUGCCAUUGUAAAACAACUGUUCUUCUGCCAGACGCUAAGUCCUAAGCCUAAAGAGAAAGCAUGCUUUUCAGUGUGUUGUGUUUACCUUAGGCUUUUCUAAUUAUUCUGUCACGAGAAGGGGCUUUGAAUAAGAAUUACCUGUAUAGUGAUUCACACCUGUUACAAACUCUGUUACAAACAUGCAGGUGUGGUUCCUGCUCGUGUGUGCAAUAGCUUAGCCCUUGGGGAAAUGUAGCAUAUUGCAGUAUAUUGUAAACAUGUGUAAAAUAUAAUGAUAAAUAUAUUUAAGAACUACAUUUUUCAUAAAAUAUAUUUCAGUAUCAAAAAACAGAAAUUUGUAUUUUUGCCAAUAUACUGUGAUACAGUAUCUUAAUAUAUUUCAAUUUAAGGGGAACACAUGCCUGGUACUCGUAAGUGCCUCUGAUUUAACAUUUAAUUUAGAUUAAAUGGCUUUAAUCUUAGAAGGUUUACUAUUAAAUCUAAGAUAGACUUGUGUUUUAAUAUAUUGGUUAAAUUGAUUGCACUUCAUUUUGAAUGUAUAAUGUUUAAUGCACUUUUGCCUUAAGUGCACAUUGCUUGGAGUGUGUAAUUUAAACUUUUUUUAAUGUAUUAUGCCUUACUUAGUAACAAAACAAUUGCCUACAUAGAAAUUAUAUAUGUUUUUGGAAUUAGAAUAAGAUUUUUCCUCUCGGAACGAAAUUCCUUAAACAAAUGUGUGAGCAGCUAUUCAAAGAUAUGUCCAAAUAUUCCAAGAUCUGUCCUGUAAUGUUAUAAUUGAAUGGCGAAAAAUAAUAUUAUCUCCCCUCCGUAUUUAUGAUUCUAUUUAACGAAGAUGGAUGUGUGUGUGCUUUUGUGCAGGAAAAUUGCCGAGCAAGAAAUGUGUCUGUAUGGAAAUGUAAUAAAUAAUUAGCCCCAUUGUC